GGGGAACUGGGAGACCCGCCCGCACAAAGGCCUCGCCGGCACAAAGGCGAGGGGAGUCCGAGGGGCGGGGGGAGGCGGCCGCCGCGCUCCCCUCCCCCACGCCCCCCGCCCCCCGCCGCGAGGCCGGGAGGGGCGGCGGCAGCGCGGGCUGCAGGUACCCGCCCGUGCGCCAGGGCGUGCACAAGCACGAGGGAGCCGGGGCCUCCAUGUGCGCGCGCCCCGGGGACGGGGAGGGCCCUGGUACGCGGCCGCCGCCCGAGAAAGCCCACGCGGAAGGAGCCGGCCCCCCCGCCCCCCGCGGCCCCGCCCUGCGCCCCCCCUCCCCCCGCGGGGCCGGCCCGAGGGCCCCUUCCAGGUGCUCACGUUGCUCACCUGGGGAAGCGCAGCGGCGGCAGGCCUGGGCUGCCCCACUUUUUCCGAGCCCCAGGGCCUCGGCAGUCUCACGGGGCCCGGCACUGGACCCGGCCCUUUCAGCGGAGGCUGGCGGCCCGGGCGGGGGGUAGGGGGAGGCGAGAAGGGCGGAGGGGGAUGCGGCCAACGGCCCAGCGAGGGGGCGGAGUCUCCCCGCGGCCCGCGGCCGGAUUGGCUGCGGGAGGCGAGGGGCGGGGCCACCUCGGCACAAAAUAGCCUGCGCGCCGGGAGACAGCCGCCACAAACUCUGCCCCUAAGCUUGAGCUUUCGAGCAGCGUUUAGUGGCUACAACCCCUUACCGAUCUCCGGGAGCCGCCGCCGCUCCUGCAGCCGCUCCCGCUCCCGCUCCCGCUCCCGCCGCCGCAGCGCCCGCCUCCUUCCCCGGCUCGUCCAGCCCUCCCCGGCCGGGGCGAUGCGCCUGAUCCAGAACAUGUGCACCAUCGCCGAGUACCCCGCUCCGGGCAGCGCCGCCGCCGCCGCCGCCAUCGAGUGCUGCCUGGGCGCGGGGCCCGGCCGCCGCCUGGUCAAGAUCGCCGUGGUGGGGGCCAGCGGAGUGGGCAAGACCGCGCUGGUGGUGCGAUUCCUGACCAAACGGUUCAUUGGCGACUAUGAAAGAAAUGCAGGUAACCUUUAUACCAGACAAGUCCAAAUAGAGGGAGAAACACUGGCGAUUCAGGUUCAAGAUACACCAGGAGUCCAGAUCCAUGAACAAGGGUUGAGCUGUAAUGAACAACUGAACAGAUGCAUCCGUUGGGCUGAUGCCGUGGUGAUCGUUUUCUCCAUCAUCGAUUACAAGAGCUACGAGCUCAUCGGCCAGUUGCACCAGCACGUCCAGCAGUUGCACCCGGGUGCCCGGCUGCCCGUCGUCAUCGUGGCGAACAAGGCCGACCUGCUCCACAUCAAGCAGGUGGAGCCCCAGCACGGACUGCAGCUGGCCAACAUGCUGGGGUGCACGUUUUACGAAGUGUCCGUCAGCGAGAAUUACAACGAUGUCUACAACGCCUUCCACGUCCUGUGCAAAGAAGUGAGUCACAAACAGCAGGUGACUAGCACCCCAGAGAAGAGGAGAACGUCCCUCAUUCCCAGGCCCAAGUCCCCCAAUAUGCAGGACCUUAAGAGAAGGUUCAAGCAAGCCCUGUCUGCAAAAGUGAGAACUGUCACCUCAGUCUGAGAGCAGAACUUUGGAGAGAGAUUUUGGUCUUCCGAGGAAGUAGUCCUGAAGUUCCCAUCCCGGAGCAUGGAAUUCUGGUACUUCAGGGUCUGCGGGAAGGGCUGAACCUGAGGGUCCUUCUGAACUGCUGCAGAAAGGGAAGAGCCCUUUUCUUAGCAGGGAAGAACUGAGGAGCCAUGAAAAAGCCCGCGAAGUGGUUCUAGCAUGUGGCCAGCUGGAUGAGUGCUGUUCCGAAGGGUUGGGCCUCUCUGAAUCAGUGAAAUAAUCCGUGUUGUCUUUCCUUGUGGGGUGUGAGUGCUGUAGUGUAUGUCUACACCUGCCUCCUUUGUAAAGAAGCUAGUCAGUUGUAGUUUCACAGGACAAGUACAGAAACACCGUGAUGUACAAUGAGACUGGAGGAAGUUCUUGUCCCCUUGUCCCUGUCCCACAAGAGUUUAAAUUGCCAGUGCUGAAGCACAAACAAAUUAAUUGCAAGAUGCCAUUCUAAGUUGGGGGGCAACCAAAUUCCUUCAUGGAUAAGGAGCAAAAUGUUCCCCAUGAAUAAAUACCCCUGUUGUGUUUCUGGCCUCUAAACUUUCUGUAUGACCAAUACAGACAUCUGUAAACUUACACAAAUGUAAAAAAAAAUUUAGUUGAUGUUUGCUUGAAAUACGAUGGGUGUGAUUCGCCGGGUCCAAAAGAUUCUGUGGUUGAGUAUGAUGCUUCUGCCGUGGAUGCUUAGUAAUUGUUAGUAACUGUCCUAUUGUUUCCUUCUGUUUUGACAUCAGGUGAAGAAAAAAAAGUGGAUAUCAUGUUCAUUGAUUUUGAUGUGAUUUGUAUAACAGACUCUUGGCGAUGAAGUUGGGCUGCCUUCUAGGCUUGGCUGAGCCAUGACUGGUGGCUAAAUGCUAACGCACCAUCUUGCAGCGAGCAGAUGGGGAUGGGGGAGGUCAUACGGUCCCCAAACCUAUGGAGAUGCACUUUAAAAAGCCAAGUGUGCUUUUGCUUAAACUGUAAUUAAUUUAUUUUGUGUACAAUAAAAAGGUCAUCUAGAUGAACAGA